AUCUUUCGUAAAUUUUCUUCAUCACUCCCUAAAAAUUUGCAUCAAAUACCUCACAAAACCUUAGAAAACUUGAGAGUUGUUGGAUGAAGUUUUUGAUAGAUUCCUUGCUAUUUUUUUCAUUAAACUAAUGCCUUGAAAAAUAUAACUGACAGUCACAAAUCUUUCCUUUUUCCAUGUGGAUUGAAUGUUCCAAAAUUCUUUUCUUGGGGAUUAUAAUCAUGUGGCUGUCCGCGUAAUUGAGCCCCUAUUUCCGCUUUUAUGAGCAACAGCUUUUCAUUUCGGAAGCAGCUUUUUCUUUAUCCACUCCAAUCUCACUGGACUUCAUAUGGAAAUUUCAUAGCUUUAAUUCGUGUGCAUGGAUCCGGUGCCAAUUUGGGAUUGAUUUUAUAUCAAGUUAAUGAUUUGGGUGUGGGCGAAAUUCAGAUUUCCAACUUGGGUUCUGUUCUAAUCAAGCAAAAGAGCUCAUAGGAUUCAUAUCCAUGGCUAGUGGUAAUUCUAUUGAGAACAGGAUUAUGGCGCCGCCUCCUGUUUUCUUGUCCAGUUUGAAUGAAGUCCUGAAGAACAGGCAGCAGCAACAGCAGAAGAAGGAACCGGUAGGUUGUGAUGACAGUGGAAAAAUAGUUGCUGGUGGAGAUGCAGUGAGUAAGAAGGAGGAGGAUUUGAGGCCUAGCGUGCUUGUUACCAGCGGGGAUGGUAUUGGUGCUUCUGGCCUUAGAUACCUGGUUGAGGCCCUUGUCAAUGGAGGAAGAUGCAAUGUGAAUGUUUGUGCUCCUGAUGAGGACAAAUCAUGGAUAAGUCAUUCUGUUUCAACACGUGAGACUCUUGUUGCAAGCACUGUUGACAUUAAGGGAGCUACUGCUUAUGAAUCUUCUGGGACUCCAUCAGAUUGUGUUUCAUUAGGUUUGUCUGGAAUGCUUUUCCCUGGAGUAAAACCUGCCAUGGUCAUUAGUGGAAUCCACAAGGGGUCAAACUGUGGACAUCACAUCAUCUACUCUGGUACGGUUGCUGGAGCCAGGGAAGCUCUUCUUAAUGGAGUUCCCUCUAUAGCAAUCUCGUUGAAUUGGAAGAAAGACGAAAGCUGUGAUUCUCAUUUCAAGGAAGCAGCUGAAAUCUGUCUACCUUUAAUAUAUGCUGCAUUACGAGAUAUUGAGAAGGGUGCAUAUCCUAGAGAUUGUUUAUUAAAUAUUGACAUUCCAACUCGCCCUUCUGUACACAAGGGAUUCAAAGUGACCAGACAGAGUAUGUCGAGACUUUUAGCAAGCUGGCAAGCGGUGACUUCUCAAAGGCAUUUGUCUGGACAGUUUAUGUCCAGAGAGCAAAGUCUUGGUAUUCAAUUAGCACAACUAGGUCGAGCGGCAUCUGCUGCGAUGGCAGGUGCACUGGAGCACGAGGAAAAGUCGCGGCUGGCCUCACACGGAACGGGAAGAGUGGCAGCUGAGCAGAGCAUCAAUGGCAGACUUGGCACAACGUGAUAUAACAAACCCUUCAUUUUGCUUUACGAAUAUUUGGCGAAUUUUAUUAAUGUUUUACAGAUUUGCCGAAUUCCGAACCUGAAGCCAGAAAUUUGGCGAAUGUGGUGACUAAGGGUCAAUCUACCACUUGUAAAUGGCUCAUGAUAUUCAUGAAUUGUCCUGUCUCUGUUAGGCGAUUUAUAAGCUUUGAAUUUGAUAGUUAUAAUAUCACAAUGCCCCUUUCAUACUUGAAAGCAUUCAAUGACGACAGUUCUACACAAGGUUCUCCAUAUGCAUACUGAUGUGAUUAUUUUGUUGCAUAUUAUCCUUUCUAAUUGCAUGUCUGUGUGCAAAGUUUAAAUGCCUUUGGCAGCAAGGCAUGUGCCUGUUUAUGUGUUUUGUAUUCUACAUUUUGUGGGUGGCCCUUUGAACUAUGGACUUGGUGAAUAUACAUCUUACAUGUUUAUUAUGAUUAUUAUGGACCAUGUUAACAUUAAGAAAUCAAAACAUAAAUUAUGUUAAUCUACUCGAGCAACCAAAAGCUAUCAAUCGGGCAUACAACCUAAUCACCAUACAAGUUAGUAGUGGAUUGAAAAUUCUUAAUAAUAAGUUCAAAUGAACUAUGAGUGUCUUAGCUAAUUCUUGUAAUUUCUGGGGUUAGAAGAAUAGCAUUAAAAUAUGCAGCAG